AUGAGAGAGUUCUUCUACUUCUUCCAAGUGAAGCACUACGAGAUCAUGUAUGGCACGAUGAUGUGUUGGAAGUCAGCGGAUGGUGGGAAGGCGAUGUUGGUGAUGGUCCACUUGUUCCCAUCACCUACUGCAACGGCUGAUGUCAAGUCCUCAAGAAAUAAAGAUGCUUCUUCGUGGGCGAAGAAUGUUUCUUUGUUGAGGAAGAAGCCAAAGCUCCCUUCUACUGAGAAGACACAAGUAGGAGUUGUUUCCCCGUCACCUGCUAGGGUUAAAUAUCUCGUUGGUGUAGAUAGCAAGAAGAUUGGCUGUAUGCGCAAUAUUCGGAAUGUUCCACUCAAGACUCAUGCUGACAAUUCGAGUCAUCUGCACCCGUCAAAGGAUGGAGAUCGAAUUGGGAGGUUUGCUCAUCCAUCCAACCAUCAUGAUCUAGCUGUUGAGUCACGAGCAGUCAUGCGUGGAGUUGAUUUAUCAUCAUUGACUCUUUUGGAGGUGAGGUUGGACGCAACUAAGAAGGCAAGAGAGUCAUCUGCCCAGGCGAAAGGUUCUUAUGGAAUGCCAAUGACUGGUCCCAAGCUAGUUGAUCAUAUCCAUCUGGCCGACAAUCUUGAUACCUUCUUAAGUCUUUCCUUAGAAAAACAAAGUGAAGCAACAUUUCAUCUGCUUCAAAAAGGAGUAGUUUUUGCUACUGAGACUAUCUGGAACUUGUCUAUUGUUACCCCCUCUUCUGCUAAGCUCAGCGAGUUGGAGAAGAAGAAUGCUGACUUGACUAGCAAGCUCUCUGUCGGGCAGAUUCGUUAUGAGAAGAAGACGUCUGAAUUGAGGGCGAUGAUAUAUGAGCUAAAGAGUUCCCUUGCUGAGAAGAAUGGUGAACUUAGCUCUUCUACUCCUAACUUGGUUAGUCGAAAAGAUGCCUACUUCUGUCUUGAGCACAAGAAUGCUGACAUCUUCCUCAAUUAUGACAAGCUUCUGGCUAGAUUUAGCGCCUAUCACAAGUUUACUAAAAAAUCCAAGUUUGAAGAUAUCACGAAUGCGUACAAGUUGGGCUACUUGGACUGCACAAAUGGGUCUGCUCCCUUCUAUGCCAUUGGAGAUAAAGACAUUGAGAUGCUCUGCUCUAACUUGCUCCCUGUUCAAAGUGAGUAG